UGUGACAUCGUGGCCGUCUCCUCCACACCCUUCCGGCCCUGCCAGGGCUGGGGGAGCAGUAAGCAGAGGUGGUGUGAACACCGGAACCACUCCCUCCAACCAUGGGCAAUGAAUGUUGUCAACCUGGCCGAGUCAGAGAUAACAGAGAUAGAGAGCGGCAGCGGAAGAUGCUUCUUGCAAAACAGCGCCAACAAAAGAUGGUCCUGGCGGCGGGCUGUAUCCAGGCCUGGUGGCGCGGCCUCCUGGUGCGAAGGACUCUGCUGGUGGCCGCCCUCAGGGCCUGGACGAUCCAGUGCUGGUGGAGGACGGUCCUUCAGCGGAAGUACCAGCAGCGGCGGCUGAAGCUGUUGAGGCUCUACAUAGUACAGGAGCAGGCGGCCGUCAAGGUGCAGUCGUGGAUUCGCAUGUGUCGCUGCCGGCAGUGCUACUGCCAGAUCUGCGACGCUGUCUGCGUGUUCCAGCCCCAGAAGGACACACCUCCCCUCCAGAGCAGUGACUUCUUGCAGGUUCAAUACAGAGUCCCUCCCAAGCAGCCCGAAUUCCACAUUGAAAUCGUAUCAGUCUGAAAGGCCACAGCAUGGAGCGCGGGCUCCGCUCUCCCAAUAAAUGUCUGACCAGCU